AUGUCGCACUAUCUAGGAUUGCGGAAACCGCAAAACGGCACGAUUAGAAGGGAGAGUCCGCUCGCUGGCCACAAACUAGCCACUCCCGCCCCCACCUUGCAAACACUUUUGGAAGACGAUGUUACAUGGAAAGGCGCAGUUGUACAAAAGAUCAAAAGACUUGAAGAUACAAUUGCAAAGAUUGCAUCCAAAAUUGAUUUGUCCGACCUUGAUCUUCAACCACGGCCGGAGGACCCAGAACCUAUGAGCCCCUCUGUGGCUGUGAUGGCCAAUUCGGAGCGACCAGCCAGUCCAGGACUGCAGUUAAGAGACGAGCGAAAGCUAACACAGACUUGGGAAGUUGUUAUGGACCCCCGCGGUGGUCCAGCAUCAAUACCAGCGUCAUGCGUCUCAGAGAACAUUAGAACGGCUUUACCAAAUAGCCUCCCCACUUCUCGAAGGUCGGACUUGAUUUCGACUGGGAUCAUUACUCUGCGACAAGCAUUGGCAUUAUUUGAUACAUACCAUUUACGAUUGGAUCACUUCUUAUAUCGCAUAUUGGGCGACCAUAUCAGUUUGGAUUCGGCACGAAUCGCUUCACCACUAUUGACGGCAGCGGUCUGUACAGUGGGAGCCCUCCAUUCGCCAUCUUUGGGCCACUUGUUUGAAAUCUGCUAUGCAGAGUACAAAGACCUUGUGACUUCACAGGUAUUCUCCAAAAAUCUGAAUGCAGACGACAUUCGGGGACUAUGCAUUGGUGCAUUCUGGCUGCAUGAACUUUCAUGGGCACUUAUAGGAAACGCGGUCCGGGUCGCCUCCGAUAUCAAUCUUCACAGUGGGAUCUACAAGGCCCUGAAAGGUGACCGGGAAGGCUACCUUCAGGCUCGACUGUACUACCUUGUCUACGUGUGCGACCAUCACUUUUCCAUCGCGUACGGUCGGCCCCCCAUGUCUCGUGAGGGCUUCAUUAUUGAAUCCGCCAGUCGGCUGCUGGAGACCGAGCACGCAACUGAGGAUGACGCCAGACUGAUCAGUCAAGUGAAGGAGUGGUCUGUCUUGGGGAAAGUUUUUGACACAUUUGGCGUGGAUGUGGAUACAGCCAUUGCUCCCGAAACGAUCCCCCAGCUACGCCGAUAUUCAAUUGCUCUGGAUACAUGGUUUGCCGACUGGCAUGAAAGUUUUAGCGAAAACAGAAGGGUCGGAAACUAUCCUCAGAAAGGCGUUGGCUUCCACUUCCAUUUUGCGAAACUAUACCUUUGCUCUCAUGCGUUCCGUGGCGUUCCCGCUGGCGAGAAUGCCACGCAAUGCUUUUCACCUGAGUUAGAAGAAAUCGCCAACGCCGGUGUUCUAUCAGCCAUGUCAAUUCUCCGAGUCAUCGUCUCGGACGCAGAAUUUCGAUCCUUCAUGAAUGGUCUCCCCUUGUACUUCGACACGAUGCUCGCGUUCGCAGUGGUUUUCCUCCUCAAAGUGGCCACCAAAUAUGCGACCGUCAUCAGGAUUGACACUUCCAAGAUUCUAUCCCUUGUUUCACAGACGGUGGUCGCUCUACGGGGAAUCACACAAUCUAUGCAUCGACAGCAUCUGCUCGUCGUGAUAGCCGAGGGUCUUGAAAGGCUGCUUGUAAGAUGUCAAGUUCCCGUGCCAGCGGCACAAGAAGCAGCUUACCAUGCAUCGCCGGCAAUGGAGCCUCAUGCACACUUCGAAAUGGGUUGGAUGGAAAAUAUGGCGAGUUUUGAUUUUCAGACUAAUUUCCCUGACAUGGAUGACUGGUGGAUUCAUUAUAAUACCCCAAUGGGUCCAGGUCGUGCCAUGGGGCCGGUUUAG